CCUUUGCAUUACAAUAUGGAGAUGCCAGACCUCAACUCUACCUACAAACCGCCACCGAUACAAUGUAAUGGGUUUGACCCACGUGCCUUCCGCUGGGCCUUAACCAUGAGGCUGGCUGUGGAGGAGAUCAACAACAGCAAAGAUUUACUACCUAACCACACACUGGGCUAUAAGAUUUUUGACUCCUGUGCAUACCCUUUAACUGGUCAGCGGGCAGCUUUGGCUGUACUAAAUGGACCCAGUGAAGUCAGUAGCCCACUGUGCUCUGGUUCUGGUCCAUUAAUAGCUGUUAUUGGAGAGUCAGGGUCUGCUCAGUCAAUAGUGGUGUCCAGGAUUCUUCAACCUUUUAGGAUACCAAUGAUCAGCUACUUUUCCUCUUGUGCCUGUCUCAGUGACAGAAGGGAGUUCCCCACCUUUUUCAGAGUAAUUCCCAGUGAUGACUACCAGGUUAAAGCCAUCGCCCAGCUCCUGCAGCACUUCAACUGGACGUGGGUAGGUGUGGUGCGAGGGGACCAUGAGUAUGGCCGCUUUGCCCUGCAGGGCCUCCUGAGAGAGCUGAUGGGCACAGGUGUCUGUGUUGCCUACCAGGAGAUGAUUCCUCUGUUGUAUGACCGGCAGAGAGCCCUCAAAAUCAUUAAUGUCAUGCAGACCUCAAGCGCUCGGGUAGUGGUGGUCUUUUCUGCUGAGGGUGAGCUCACCCCUUUCCUGAGAGACUACAUGGAGCAGAAUGUCACAGGGAUCCAGUGGAUUGCCAGUGAGGCGUGGGUGACUUCCUCUGUUUUCACUGGGAGUGAAUACUACCCUUUCCUGGGGGGCACGAUUGGCUUUGGGAUACGAAAAGGCCAAAUCCCAGAUCUCAGAGAUUACCUGAUGACAGUGGACCCAUGGCAUUACCCCUCUAAUGCCCUUGUACAGGAGCUAUGGGAGACUCUCUAUGGCUGUUCUCCCAAUAACACAACUGGAAAAACCCAGUUGCCACCCUGUACAGGGCAUGAGACUCUGCUAGAGCAGCAUUCUGCCUAUAUGAAUACUUCAAGCCCUCGCAUUUCCUACAAUGUGUACAAAGGUGUAUAUGCUAUUGCUCAUUCCAUGCACAACCUCAUGCACUGUAAAUCUGGACAGGGGCCAUUCAAAAAUUCUUCAUGUGCAGACAUCAACAACAUCUAUCCAUGGCAGCUUCAGCACUAUCUUCAAGACGUAUCCUUCACCAUAUCAGGAGAAGAAGUAAACUUUGAUGAAAAGGGGGAUUCAAUUCCAUCAUAUGACCUUAUUAACUGGCAGAGAGGCCAUGAAGGGAACAUUGAAUUCAUUAAUGUCGGACUGUUUGACGGUGCAAAGGAAGCUGGGAGAGAGCUGCUCAUACAGGACAAAAUGAUCAUGUGGACAGGCCAUCAGAGCAAGGUGCUGGUGUCUGUGUGUAGCGACAGCUGCCCUCCAGGAUCCCGGAAGGCUGUCCGUUCUGGGGAGCCUCUGUGCUGCUUUGACUGUGUACCAUGUGACAGUGGCAAGAUUAGCAAUGAGACAGAUUCAAUAGACUGCAUGUCCUGUCCUGAAGACUUUUGGUCAAAUGCUAAGGGAACUCACUGCAUACCCAAGGUUGUUGAAUUUCUUUCCCACGAUGCAAUGGGAGUGACUUUGACAGUGAUAGCAAUUGUAGGUGCCUGUCUCACAAUUUCUGUUCUAGCAGUAUUCCUCUAUUACAGAAACACUCCCAUUGUCCGUGUGAACAACUCAGAACUGAGUUUUUUCAUCCUAUUGUCUCUCACUCUAUGUUUCCUGUGUGCACUGGUGUUUAUCGGAGAACCUACAGACUGGUCCUGCAUGCUGCGCCACACUGCCUUCAGUAUCACAUUCUCCCUAUGCAUCUCAUGCAUCCUGGGCAAGACCUUAGUGGUCCUUGCUGCUUUCACAGCCACUCGGCCUGGAAACAACAUAAUGAAGUGGCUGGGGCCAAAGCAACAGAGGGUCAUCAUCUUCUCCUGUACUCUGGUUCAGGUGAUAAUCUGUGCUGCCUGGCUCAUUGCUGCUCCCCCUUUUCCCUCGAGAAAUACGCAGUACCAGCGCUCCAAAAUUAUUCUGGAGUGUAGCGUGGGCUCUGAUUUGGCUUUCUGGUGUGUUCUGGGGUAUAUUGGACUUCUGGCCUGUCUGUGUUUUGUGCUGGCCUUCUUGGCCCGGAAGCUCCCUGGAAACUUCAAUGAGGCAAAGUUCAUCACAUUUAGCAUGCUGAUCUUCUGUGCUGUUUGGUUAGCCUUUAUUCCAGCCUAUGUUAGCUCGCCUGGAAAGUUCACCGUAGCUGUGGAGAUUUUCGCCAUUUUGGCAUCCAGUUUUGGUCUAUUAUUGUGCUUAUUUGCUCCAAAGUGUUACAUCAUCUUGGUAAAACCAGAGAAGAACACUAAGCAUCACUUAAUGGGGAAAGAAAAGUAA